UACUUAUUCAUUAAUGAAAUGCUUUAUUACCUUACCUUUAUUAUUCCGUGACACUUGUGAUCCUCCAUAGUUGGGAAGUUAAUGAGAGGAAGUCCAACUACAAACAAACGCAGCCGUGGUCACUGUCCUCCCGGAAGUUUUAAUACAGGAGAAGAAGACAAUGGAGACAGCAAGCGCUUUUAAAUACGGACGCGAACAAGUGAAAGUUUUAAUGGAGAACUGGAGGAGACACUUCGCAAUACAAAUCUUAAUCUUCAUACUGGGAACAGUGACAAUCCUCCUCAUCUAUAUGACCCCCUGGGAUACUCCAGGUCAAAGCAGAGCACCACCAUUUUUUUCAUCAUCAUCAUUAUCGACAUCAUCAUCAGCAGCAGCAGAAUGGGAGGAUCCUGGGCCGUAUCAUGUGGCCUAUCCACGAAAUUACAAAUUCAUCAUGGAUGACACGCCAACGUGUAAGACCACGACUCCUUUCCUGGUUCUGAUGGUUCCGGUUGCACCCAGUGAUGUGGCAGCUCGGGAUGCCAUCCGUAAGACAUGGGGAAAUGAGAAACUGGUUCUGGGUCAGCUAGUCGAGACUCUCUUCAUACUGGGCCUACCUGGAGGAGCUGAUACUGAGCAGCAGCAGGAGCAGCUCAAACAGGAGAACCUGCAGCACCAUGACCUGAUCCAGAGUAACUUCCAGGACAGCUACCGCAAUCUGACCAUCAAGACUAUGAUGAUGCUGGAGUGGCUGGCUGCGCACUGUGUCAAGGCUUCCUAUGUCAUGAAGAUUGACUCAGAUAUGUUACUCCACAUCCAGAAUUUGGUUAAACUGUUGCUGGAUCCCAACACGGCCAAACAAAACUACAUGACAGGUUUGGUGUGGUGGCACAGCCCGGUUUUAAGAAACCCAUUCAACAGGUUCUACAUGCCGAGGUACGUGAUUGCUGAGCCACAGUACCCCCCAUAUCCUUUGGGCAUGUCCUACGUCAUGUCCUUGGACCUGCCUGGGAAGAUCCUGGGUGUCUCUCCUCAGAUUAAACCUAUCUACAUUGAAGACGUCUACCUGGGUAUGUGCCUAAAACGUCUGGACAUUUCUCCAACCGACCCUCCUGAAAAUACUAUGUUUAUUGUUGACCCCAAGCAUCCGCUGAGCAGCUGCAGCCUUUCAAAAGUGAUCGCAGUGACAACGACAAGCAUCCCACAGAUGAUGCAUUACUGGAAGAGGAGCAGAGCGCCAGGAACUAAAUGCUAAACUUUAUCAGAUUGACUGAAUUUAGACUUUUUGGUGGUGGGUUGACCCUAUCGUUUAUAUUUGGAUCAUGGAAGUACUGUGGCAAUCUGAGUCUGACAAAUAUUAAAAAUAAAUUAAAAUGGAGCACAUUUAUUAUGUGUUUACAGACAACAUGGAAGAGCCUUGGUUUUUGCUUGGGCAGAAAAAUGUCUGUGUAAAACACAAAACAGAUUUAAGGAUUAACCUUUAAGGACUUUCUGAGCUGUAUCAGUUCUCACAGAGAUAAGAAUAUCUGCUGGAUCCUAAAUGAUAAUGAAAUAAAGACAAUUUUAAAACAA